GGGGUUUAAAUCAACCAAUUAAAAAAAGGUGAUCAUGUCAUUCUUGCCACCCGCAUAACCCGACCCAUUGCCAAACCCCAAAUAACCUCGACAGCGGCUCUGUUGUUUCCCGAGCGGAGAGAUUAGAGAGGAAUGGGCAACCCAGGGAGAUUUUCAAGCUCCGGCGAGGACCUUCACAGUGCGGCAAGAGCAGGCGACCUCAAUGCAGUCAUCUCAAUCUGCAGCUCCAACCCUUUAUCAAUCAAUUCCAGAGAUAAGCACUCGAGAACUCCACUACAUAUGGCAGCAUGGGCUGGGCAGACACAGGUGGUCGAUUAUCUCUGCAAGCACAAGGCUGAUGUUGCUGCUGCUGCAAUUGAUGACGUGGGAGCAAUUCAUUUUGCUGCACAGAAAGGACAUUUGGAAGUUGUCCGAAAACUACUCUCGUCUGGGGUCUCACUCAAAGCUUCCACCCGCAAGGGCCUUACCCCUCUUCACUAUGCUGUUCAAGGUUCCCACCUAGAACUUGUCAAGUAUUUGGUGAAGAAAGGUGCGAGUUUGAGUGCCAAAACUAAAGCAGGGAAAACCCCUGUUGAUCUUGCAAGCAGUGAAGAAAUCCGCUCAUUUGUGGUAGCAUGUGAAGUAUCGUCUAAGAAUGGAGAUUUGAAUAGUAAAGAGAAAGCUGAAGAUUCUGAUCACAAGCCAUCCUUUCUGGAAAAAGGCGAGAACUCUGUUGGUGAAAAUGCAGUAGCUAGGCAUGAUGAACAUGAUGGAAUGGUGAAGAGGAAGGGUGAUGAAGAUAAUGUUAAAGAAGCCUCAUCAGAACCUAAAAAAGCCAGAGUUUCACUCAGUCAUCUGCUUAGUGCUGAUGACACACAAGAAGAGGAAAACUUAUGAAAAGUUAUACACGAUACGUAGAAGGUUUCUCACUCUCUCUUUCUCAUUAUUCUGUUUUUAGUAUUUUUUUUUUUUCUUGUUAGUGCGCUUCAAUGCUGUUAAAAUAAGAUAUUUGUUAGGCUUAUCUCUGGGUCUUUUGGUUGAUACAACGUCGAUUUCCUUCA